AUGGCGGAGACGCAAGCGAGGCUCUUGGUCCUGCUCUGCGCUUUCCGCUCUGCCAGUGAGGUCCUGCACCCCUCUGCAGGUUGUGGCAUACAGAGAGUUUCCAUUUUGGAUGACUCCGGUCUUCAGGAGAGCUUGGUCAGCAGAAUGGAGUUCCCCUGGGUAGUGUCACUGCAGGAUUCCCAGUACACCCACCUGGCUUUCGGCUGCAUCCUCAGUGAGUUCUGGAUCCUCAGCAUCGCAUCUGCCCUUCAGAACAGGAAGGAUAUUGUCGCCAUAGUUGGUAUAGAUAACAUGGAUCCCAGCAAGGUUGCUCACACCGAGUAUCCAGUCAACACCAUCAUCAUCCAUGAGGACUUCAGUAACCAAACCAUGAACAAUAACAUAGCCCUCCUGAAGACAGACACAAAGAUGCAUUUCAACGACCUGGUCCAGUCCAUCUGCUUCCUUAGCAGAAAGCUGCAUAUGAACCGAGCCUUGGGGAACUGCUGGGUGUCAGGAUGGAACCCCACGUCUGCAACAGGACAUCACAUGACGAUGAGUAUCCUGAGGAAAGUCUUCGUGAAAGACGUUGACGUGUGUCCCUUACACAAACUCCAGAGAACAGGAUGUGGCACUCACACAAAAGAGGAAACUAAGUCUGUCUGCUUGGGGGAACCAGGAAGCCCAAUGAUGUGCCAGCUAGAGAAGAUGAGUCUGUGGGUUCUGCAAGGAAUCAUGACCUACGGUGGUGAGAAAUGCCCUGGCCUAUUUGUGUACACCAAGGUGGAAGACUACAGCGACUGGAUCAUGUACAAGACUAAGAGGGCUGGCCUUCCCGUGUCUUCACUUCACCCGUGGGAGAAGCUGAUCUCUCUCUCUAACCCUAGGUUAUACGUAGCCACGACAAACAGUGCACAGUUUGGACGGAGCUACCUCAGAUGGGGCUACCCAUCACACUUCCAAGGACAAAGAAAGUCCAACACGCAUUCACACAAAGCAAACAGAUCUAGAUAUGGUCAGGACUUUAGGCUAAAGGAUGUAAGGGAAUCAGGCAGGUUUCAGGCAGCCAUACAGCCCAUGUACUACGACUACUAUGGCGGGGAGAUUGUGGACAGCAAGUCUGCUGCGGGUCAGAACAGGGUGCGUCAGCCCCCAGAAAUCAUCUUGGUCUCCUUUGUGCUUCUUUUCUUUUGCAGCAGUGUCUACUGUAGGAGCUAA